CAUUACAUUAUUAGGAAGACUUUUUGGUGGCGACAAUAUCUAAAUAGGACUUCAACAAUGGCCGCAGAGAUUGUUGAUCCAGAUGAUUAUCGUAAGAGAUAUUUGGAAAUUUCUAUAGCCCUAUUCAAUUUGCAUGACUCAGCGAUCAAAUUUGUCAAAAGCCGCAUUUCUACACCUCAAGUACUCCCUAACAAAGAAGACCAUGACCAGAGAAAGAGACUUGUUGAGGAGAUGAAAGAAGCAUUUACCAGUUCUGCAAGUUAUUUAGAGUAUAACAAAUUGAAAGAAGGAUUAAAAGGAGUAGAGAUGAGCUGUAUGCAGUGGAUCAAACUCAAAGAGUUUGAUGAAGAUAUAAAUGUGGAGGAAAUAAAGACUCAAUCAGUUAGUCUUGGAACUCGCCUUUCUACGAGUCUUGCCUGUCUUUUAUUUAUGAUGAUGUGGAAGGGAAAAAAUCAACUGAUUGAGAAAUUUCAACAGUUAGAGUUUCUAUUUUCCUUUAUGGCUGCUCUGGAAGAUGGUGCUGGUAUAGAGGAUUCAAAUUCUGGUAUAGGUGUGGCAUAUGAGAUGAUUCUUCCCCUAUUCAAAAUCGUUGAUCAAGAAAUGAAGAAGGAAAUGAAUAUUGACAUUGAUGUCAAAAAUAGUACAAGCAGCUGGUAUGAAUCAGAACAAGAAAUUAAUAAAGUUCUUGAUCAAUUUGUACUUGUACUUUCAACGUUGGACACACUUUUGAGCUGUCCAAUGCUGGAAGAGCGAAUGUUGCAAUUGCUGGGCAAUGGACUUACAAGGUUGGAGACAAGAGUGAACAAGUUUGAAAGUAUGGUGAAUGAAAUAAAGGGAAAAUUCAGCAUUAAGAGUACGGGUUUGAUGGCAAUGGAUGCAUUUCUUGUGGAACAUAACACAGAACAGAGAUGGCUGGAUUUGAUCAAAUCGGAGGGCCAUUCAGGAGAGAGGCCUGAAAAAAGACAGAUGACAGGUGAUAUCUCUGAAGAAGGAACUUUCAGAGAUGCAGAGCAACGCUUGAAGAUAUGUCGAGCAACAUUUGAGGAUCAGGUCAAGGCGGUCCUGAAAUUUGAGGAUUUUAAGGAAUCUAACCGCAUAGCCUUAGACUUUGGCAAGUUUUAUGUUGCUAAAGUGACUUCUAUACAUUUUUAUAGAAAGUCUGAUCCUGCAGCACCUGGGAGGCAGGAGUUCCUUUCUGAGAUAAGAAAUCCUGAAUGGCCUUCUUCUGUUUCUAGGCCUUACUUUGAAAGAGUUACAGCAAUGCAAGGAUAUAAUGCCACUAGAAAUAGAAAGAGUGUAAGGCAAUUGCUUGAAGAGCACCAGCCUGUGCCCGGAACAAAAUUGGAGAGUCUAAAGGCGUAUGCAGUUCAUCUUGGGACUCAAAUCUCUAAACAUCUUGUCAAGCUCAUACUGAUGCUGAAGUCAGAAGGAAUACCAGAAAUGGUUCUAAAAAUCAAGAACUUGGAGUCUCUGUUUCCUUUUUUACUGGAGUUGUUCACUUGCUCAGGUCCUGCUGGGUAUGGAGUGGUUUACAGAAAGAUAAUUACAAUCAUAAGCCUAGCAGACCAAGAACUGAAGACGGUUCAAAAUUUAAACCAAGGAAACAUUAUUGCUGAUCAAGUUGUUACUAAUUGGCAUGCAAGCAUGACAGAAGCAGAAAUCGAUGACAUUCUCGAUGACUUUGCAGAGAUUAUUGCAACAUUGGAGUCUAAUCUGAGCUUUCCACUGCUGUUGUUCGGCAUAGCUUCUCCCAACUUAUUUAGCCUGGAGAAAACCCACUUUUUACCGGUGGAGAACGAUCUGAAUGGCGUGCAUGAUAUGGAGGGUGUGGAUGAUGUGGUGGGUAUGGAAGAGGUGGUGGAAGGGAUGGAGGAAUUAUACAAUGAUCAGAAGGAUACUCCUACUUUAGUGAGGCAAGUUCUGGAGAAAAUGAAAGGGCCCAUAGAGCAAGUGUGGGAGGGUUUGACAUGAAGAAACUGAUGCAUUGCUUUGUUUCAUGACUUGUCUUACUGAUGCCUAGCCUUGUUUCAUUACUUGUCUGGAUGUUGUGAUUCUGUUCUUCGUCAAACACACAUCUUCUUUUAUGUUAUGUUUA